GCUGGAUCUAGAUGCGUUGAAGCUGCGCGUAAAGGUGGAGCAGGAUUUAAAGGCAGGGGUCUGAGCACAGAGGAUCAGCCUUAGAGGAAAUCAGCCAGCUGUCAGUCAGCUGAGGAUGACAGCCAGGUGAGCAGAGCUGCCCUGCAGGUGGAUGGGAGGUCACCAUGUCCUUUACGCACCGACUCACUGCUCUGCUGCUCGGAUUCACCCUCAUCCUCACGGUUAAUGGGAGAUUUUCUCACUGCUGGUUCGUCUGGGAGAUGGAGAGAGCCAGAGAAGAAUGUCAGACACAACUGCAGCAGCAGCAGAAGCCAGAUGCUGCAGGAUGUGAAGGCGAGUGGAGCAACGUCUCUUGUUGGCACAGUGCGGCCGUCGGGGAAGUACUGACCGUUCCGUGCCCCUCCCCCUUCCUGCUCCUGUUCGGCAAAAAUGGUAACCUGAGCAGGAACUGCACAGAGAAAGGCUGGUCCUCUGUUUACCCUGACAUCAGCUUCGCCUGCUCAUCAAUCAUCAGCGAGAAACGCUUGGAGCUGGUCUUCUACAAAGUGGUGCAGGUUCUGUCUGCUCUGGGUCACAGCCUGUCGCUCGUCGCUCUGCUCACCAGCACCGUCAUCAUGUGUUCGUUCAGGAGGCUUCACUGCAUGAGGAACUACAUCCAUCUGAACCUGUUUGUGUCCUUCAUGCUGCGCGCUGCAGCCGUGCUGAUCAAAGAUGCGCUGCUCUUCUCUGAGGAUCAGACCACAGACUGCAGCAAAAGGCUAUCUCUGGUGGGCUGUAAGGCCAGCCUGGUUUUCUUCAACUAUUUCAUCAUGGCCAACUUUUUCUGGCUGUUGGUGGAGGGUGUUUACCUGCACAUGCUUCUUCUUGUCAUCCACACCUACUCCAUCCGCCUCUCCAUCUACAUGCUCAUUGGCUGGGGAAUCCCUUUUGUUUUCACCGCGGCGUGGAUUGUGAGUCGGAUCAACCUGGAGGACACUGGUUGCUGGGAGUUUAACGAACACCCUGUUCCUGACAGGCUGAUCAACUGGCCCAUCAUGGCUUCUAUCAUUAUUAAUUUCCUCCUGUUCAUCAGCAUCAUUCGGAUCCUGUUGCAGAAACUGCGCUGCUCGGAUGUGGGAGGAAACAACCAAUCACAGUUCAGGCGGCUGGCGAGGUCCACCCUCCUGCUGAUCCCUCUGUUUGGGGUGAACUACGUGGUGUUCUUCUACCUGACGGAGCCAGACAAUAAAACGCUGAAGCAGAUCAAGAUCUUCUUUGACCUGGGCCUCGGUUCCUUCCAGGGUCUAAUCGUAGCUGUCCUCUACUGUUUUCUCAACAGCGAGGUUCAGGCCGAGGUGAGGAGGACAUGGAGGAGUUUAUCCCUGAAGCGCUGCGUUUGGCGGGAUUACAGGCUCCGGAGCAUGUCUGCAAACCACAACGGUACCGACAACUUUCUGCAGCUUCCCAGGAACGCACGAGCCCAGUCCAUCCUGCAGACUGAAACCACUAUGCUCUGACCAGACCUAGGCUAAAAACUGAAACCAUCUUCAUCAUUUAAACUGAAACCACCCUAUUCUGAGCAGAGGAAGCUGAAAGCUGACUCACACGAGUUAAAAAAGCACAGCUUCUGCCAAACAGAUUUAAACCUGUUCAAGUAUUUUUAUUUUUUGUUGCAGUCGGAUGAUAAAAAAAUACAAUAGAACAUGAGAUCGGCCCAUUUUAAAGCCUGAGAAAUGUGUUUAAAAGGAUCAUCAUCACCUGGACAUUACAGCUUCUAGCUUUAAUUUAAAGCUUAGGUUCCAAACAGAGUAACUCCACUGUCAGAAAUGUGUGAAACAUUUUCAAAUUAAUUCAUCUUUAACUGUAACACUAAUCUCUUUCUAAAAUAAUAGAAAGACCCAACCUUUAUUUAGAAAAUAUUCAACCAAUGGAGAAGAAAAAACGUACAGUACAUUGAGAAAAUCGAUUUUUUUUCCCAAUACUUGGUGCCUUAAUUCAUAGCUUCCUCCUUCUUUGGUUCUACCUGUGAUGGGAAGCUUAUAGCUGUUCUUCAAAAUGGGCAAGACAGGAAAACAUGUCAUUUGGAUCAGUCAGAGUAUCUUUUAGAGUAAAGAAAUGGCUAAGGAUGAGAGCUGAUUGUGUAAAUUAACUCACUGUUAGAGAAAUAUCCUAAAGAAUGACACAAUUACAACUUUUAGAUCCCAACUUCAGAUAUACUUUCUGUCCUACCAUCACAAACAUAAACCUGUCAAGUUUGCUAAACUCCAUCAGGACUUUUACUUCAAAAUGUGGUAAGAUGAGACAUAGACUGAUCCUUUCAACAGAUCCAAGUAGUCUGGAGGGAAAUAUUACGCUUAAUUCUGAUUAUACACUGGAAAAAUUAUCUAGAAAUAAGUAAAAAAGUAAUUGAAUUAAGCGUAUUUACCCUUAUUUUGAGUA